CACCUGCAAUGCAUGUGCUCUCGCACACCCCACAACAACAAGGCGUGCAAUCACAUCUUACAGAAUAAUUCACAGGCUUGUUUGUCAAAGUUGUGGGUUCCAAGCAAACUACUACCCACACAUACACACCUGUUCUAAACUAACCUCACCCUUCUUUUUUUAGAUCAGCUUUCUUCAUGUGAAUCUACUGCUAUUUGAUGCAUUUACAUAUUGGUAUGGUGAGUGAAUUCUAAGCAAAGCUUCAAAAUCAACCGAUUUGAGCAACCCAUUCUGUAGUUCUGUUAAAAAUAUAUACGUUCUUCUUGCUUCCAAUUCAAUUUUGCUAGCUUUUCGGUUGUGGGUUUUGUGUGAAUUAAGUUUAGUUUGGAAUUUCCCAUCCCAAUUUAGUAAAACUUAUAUAAAAUCUUACGGAUUUCCCGAUUUUGUCAAUCCACAAACCCUAAUCUUGUUCUCGCUACUGUUUCACAUUCAUCUCGAUAUUUGGCUUGAAGAGGUUUCGGAUUGUGGGUUUUGAUUGUAAUCCGGUAUUGUGUACUGGGUGCCAAUCGUUAAGUGAGAAAGUUUGGUUUUUAAUGAUUAGGAUUGGUGAAAUUGUUGAUGAAGUGUGAGGGUGAGUGUGGUGGGGUAUUAGUGUUUGGUUUUCAAUCUGUUGCCGGAAAAGAUGGAUCGCCGGAGCUGGUUAUGGCGGAGAAGGUCGUCAGAGAAAAGCCCGGGAGAAACUGAAAGCUCUGGAGGAUCUGUUUCAUCUCAUUCUGAGCGAUUUUUCGAUGAUCAGAUAUAUUCAAAUCAAAGUUCCUUGUCACCCGAAGUCACAUCAAAGUCUGAAGUACCACAGGAAGAACUUGAGGGUGGUGUCAAGACUUUAUCCCAGAAACUAUCAGCAGCUCUUGUGAAUAUCAGUAUCAAGGAAGACUUGGUCAAACAGCACUCAAAAGUAGCAGAGGAAGCAGUUGAAGGAUGGGAGAAAGCUGAGAAUGAAGUGUUAGGUUUGAGGCAACAAAUCGAGGUUUUAACACUUAGAAACUCAACCUUAGAAGAUCGAGUUUGUCAGCUUGAUGGAGCCCUAAAAGAAUGUUUAAGACAACUUCGACAAACAAGAGAAGAAAAAGAUAAAAAAAUAACCGAAAUUAUUGAAAAGAAAACUUCAGAAUGGCAAAUAACAAAGUCCCAACUCGAAAACCAGCUCGCUGAAUUCCGCUCCAUCAAAAAAGGUGACCCUUUUUUGAUCCAAAAACUCGAGAAAGAAAACUCGGCUAUGAAACUUGAGCUUGCUUCCAUGGCAGAAGAGCUUGAAAUUAGGUUAAUCGAGAGGGAAUUGAGCAAUCAAGCUGCGGAAUCAGCUAGUAAGUUGCAUUUAGAAAGUGUAAGGAAAGUGACUAAACUGGAAUCGGAAUGCCGUAAGCUAAACACUGCCCUUCGGAAAGCAUUAGUGGCAAAUGAUCGCAGCCUAUCGGUUGUUGAAAAUGACCGAAAUGCCCCUUCGAUAGAGAUUAAUCUCAUGGACGACUUUCUUGAGAUGGAGAAACUCGUGGGGUUACCUAAGGUCGAUCCGAGGGAUUCGGUACAAACGAUUGAUCAAACGUCUGAAAUCAAAGAGAUUUUGAAAAGGGUAGAAACGGAAAAAAAGAAUCUUGAGAUCAAGUUGAAGGAGCGUGAAAAGGCUCUUGAGAAAUCAAGAAAUCAACUUAAAGAGGCUGAAUUGAAGUUAAGGGAGAUGGAAGCUUCGUUGGUUUCUUCAAAUGAUGCAAGAGAAACAACUGAGAAAGAACUGGAAUCAACGAAAGGAAUAGUCGAGGUGUUACACGAGAGGGUAAAAAGAUCGGAAUCGGAGGUGGUGGAGUUGAAAAGUCAAAUGGAAUCACGACUCGGGGAUGCGUACGCCAAGAAAAACGAGGCGGAAUCAAAGUUUAAAAAGUUAGAAGCGGAAUUGGAAUCGUUGAUUCCGAAGGUCGAGUCGUUUGAAACAAAGGUCGAAAAGGAACGUGCUUUAUCAGGGAAGAUGGAAGCCAAAUGUCAGGAGCUAGAAAUGGAAAUAUCAAGAUUACAACUUGAAAAUGAGUACACGGGAAACAUACGUACCUUGGAAUUGGAAUCAGAGGUGGCGGAAUUGAAAAGUCAACUAGAUACCGUACGCCGCGAACGAAGAGAAGCCGAAUCACGAAUCGAGGAUGCUUACACGAAGAAAAACAAGGCGGAAUCACAGAUUGAAACAUUAAAAGCGGAAUUGGAAUCGUUGAUUCCGAAGGUUGGUUCUUUGGAAGCGGAAGUCGGAAAGGAGCGUGCUUUAUCGGGGAAGAUGGAAACCAAAUGUCGGGAAUUAGAAGGCGAGAUUUUAAGAUUGCAACACCAGAAUCAGUACCCAAAAGCAGCAAUCCAAAACACACAGCUUCGGGUAAAACAGGAUACUGAAUUAGCAAUGGCUGGUACUAAAUUUGCGGAAUGUCAGAAGACAAUUGCUUCUCUUAGUCAUCAACUAAAAACUCUGGCAACACUUGAAGACUUCUUGAUUAUUUAAAGAUCGAAAAGAUUUCAAGCCUUCAACACUUGUAAACUUUGCUUCUAUGGUGUAAAGAUGUUUUGGUUAUUCUUGAUAUACAAAAGAACGAAUAUUAUAUAUAGAUGCACUUGGACAACAUUCGUGGGUAUACAUAAAUCUUCCAAAAAUUUGUUCAUAUUGUUGUAUUUAGAUGAUGUUACAUAAUGGAUUGCGGAUUCUUUGAUUGUUA